UGUAUUUGUGUCUGGUUGCACAAAAAACGCAACUCUAGUAGUUGCAAUAAUCUCCACCACACCUACGCAUGGCGGUCACAGUUCCUCAACGCCCACGCCUCGUGUCGGAACACCAUCAAGCUAAGUGUAGAUAUAAUAAAAACUAGCGCCUGUCUGUUGCGCCAGCGUUUAACAGACGUGGAGCCUGGCAGUGUUAACGCGAGUGUGCUGUACUAGGCACGAAUUGGCUUGUUUAGUUUACGUGAAAAACCUUACUAAUUGGGUGUCGUGUGGUGGCGGGUUUAACGACACAUUUAUAUUGAUGCGAUCUAACCCAAUAAAACCUCUUACAUCUUAGUCCAGUCGAUGACAACAACCCGUCGAGUCACAGUCAAGUCGUAGAGUCAUUCUCUUAGUCUCGUCGACCAAAGCGGUCGGUCGCUCGUCGUUAUUAAAUGUUGACGAGAAGGGGGCACGCUCUUUGUUCCUCCCUAAUGUUACCACGUCAGCCAAAAAUCACGGAACUCGGUCAAUCAUUUUACGUACCGUACUUAUAAAGGGAUUUACUAUUUGCGGUCUUCUUCCUCUGCACGCUCUCCCAGCGUUGCUAAAGUUUGCUCGCUCGGCAUUUCCACCCGGACUCAUCAUCAAUCUCACCUCGUCACACAGCCGGCCGACUCACAGCCACAAUCAGACUAUAAUAAGAAGAAUAACGUUAGUUUGGUCACUGAAUAAUUCGUUGGCAAUAUCAUUACUGGGAGCGAGAGUGGUAGCAGAGAGAUCCCCUGGGGCGGAAGAUCACAGCGCGACAUGCUGGCCCUUUCUGCCCGGCUGUGCCUGCUGGGGGCCUUGGCGGUUGCCCUGACAGGCGGCCCAAUUGGGGCCACGGAGCUCUCGCUGGAGAAAUUCCAGCACCGUACGAAGUUGCACGAGCACUUCUUGCUGUCGUGGAACAUCAACAGCUCCUACAUCGUGUUCAAGAUCGAAGUGCAGACCGCUGGCUACGUGGGGUUUGGGGUGUCGAGGAAGGGCGGCAUGAAGGACACGGACAUGGUGGUGUGUGGGGCCGACCAUGCCGGUGGCGACUACACCUGCACGGACCGUUACUCAGCAAGUGAGACAACCCCCGUGAAGGACGACUCUCAGGAUGUCCAUAUCUACAGCCUCAACCUCGUCAACCAGCACCGCGUGGUCACGUUCGGACGGAAGCUCAAGACCGGAGAUAAGUACGACGUGGACAUCACGCACGACACGAUGCGAGCGGUGUUCGCGUUCGGGAGCGACGUGGUGAUCGUUCACCAUGGCGCUAACCGCGGCACCAAGUCGGUGCUGCUGCUGUCGUACUCUUUGGAUCGCGACGCGGUCCAGGAGCCAAGCACGACCGCCGACCUGCUCACCAGCAACUUCAAGAUUCCUUCGGACAAAAACACCUUCUACUUGUGCACGAUGUUCAAGCUGCCCGUGCUGACAGAAAAACACCAUCUCAUUAAGGUGGAAGCAGUGGUGACGAAUGGCAGUGAGCCAUACGUGCACCACAUGAUCCUCUACCGCUGUGCCGUCAACAUCAAAGGCUCGGACAAGCAGCAGAACCAGUGCUACCAUCCCAACAUGCCCGAGCCAUUCUGGAAGUGCCAGGGCAUCACGGUGGCCUGGGCUAUCGGUGGCGAGGCGUUCGUGUACCCCAAGGACGUUGGCUACUCAUUGGGCACAGAUGGUGACCCCAAGUACGUCCUGCUCGAGAUCCAUUACGACAACCCCAACCUCGCCACCGGUGUCGUGGAUAACUCCGGCUUCCGGCUCUUCUACACCAACAAACUCCGCAUGUACGACGCGGGGAUCAUAGAAGUGGGGGUGGACCCGAGCCCCUACCACAUCAUCCCCCCACACGUCUCCAGCUUCGUUAGCCACGGCCUGUGCACCACGGCGCUCCUGCAGGAUGGCCACGUGUCACGUGUGCACGUGUUCGCCACGCUGCUGCACGCGCAUCUGGCCGGGAGAAAAAUUCACGUGCGCCACUUCCGGGCCGGGGAGGAGAUUGGAAGUCUCGGUGAAGACAACACCUACGACUUCAACUUUCAGGAGAACAGAUACUUCCCACAGCACAUUGACGUGUUUGCGGGCGAUGUGCUGGUGGUGGAAUGCACCUAUGACACGGAGGAGAGGAAGAACAUCACCAUUGGAGGCUUCGAGACGCUGCAAGAGAUGUGCCUGGCGUACCUGCACUACUACCCUCGAAUCUCGCUCGCGCGCUGCCGCAGCAUCCCCAAUGUGCCGACGCUCGCUCGCAACCUCCUCGGCUGCGAAGUGACCAAGCAAAGCAACAAGUACACGGUGACGUCCCCCGAGAGGCACAAGGGGCGGCUUCUGGAGGCGGUGGUGGCUGAGUACGCGUGGAACACGGACCGCGUGACGCAGUACGAGCGCCUCCUGCGGGACACGGACUACGACGUGAAGCUCUACCUCUCGAACCACACGUGGGUGUACGAGACGGCGAAGCUGCCCGGAGCGCGGAGCACCGCGGGGAGUCGGGGCGACGCGGGGCGCCCGCGCCCGUGGCGUCGCGGGUUUGAACUCCUCACCGUCGCCGUGGCCCUCCUCCUCCAGUGACCACUGCACCCCCUGGCCACCACCCUGCGCCUGCGCCGACGCACCGCUGCAGCGUUGUGCGGUGACCAACAGGGAUUCACUCUGCGCAGGGUCACUCAAUUCACCCACGUGGUAUCACCCCUCACAUUCACUCCACGUAGAUUCACUCCACGUCGGCGCACAUAAAUGUACGCACAGAAGCACACGCUCUCCUCCUGCACACAAGGGAUGUUCUAAACGUGUUCCGUGCCAGCACACACGUGGCGUGGUCCAUCGGUGGCACCAGUCUUCUAAGAUUCACUCCCCAUAAUCAAUGUAAAUGAUAAGUGAAUCAUAUAUUCAGACUGAACAUGGCGUGAAUAUAAUGAUGCGAUCGCAUUAUUGCAUGAUUGUUGACAAGUGUUUUCUAGCAAAUUAACAAGAACAUUUAAAUGAGUGUAUAUAUAUUUUUUACAUGACGCCUUCUGUUUUACAGGAAUUAUUUAACGUAAUGCGCCAUAGUUCUACGCUACGCAUUAAUUUUUUAAAAUGCCUUCGCGUCCUCCUCCCCACGGCCAGCAUCUCUGCGAAUGCUCCUCUUGCUAUUGUGCGCAGCGUCCCGUGCGCAACGCCACUCGCAUCUCCUCGCUUCACGAGCUGUACCGCGUAAAUGGAUUAAACUCACCGCCCUCUGUGAAUUUCCCCUCCCUCGAUGUCCACUGAAGUGUCAGCGGGCUCAAGGAUCUAACCGCAUAAAAUCGAUUCCCAUGCUGACAAAACCCGCAUCGUUUUUUGUGUAUUAAUUAUUUUGAUCUGUAUCUGCUGUAGUGGCAACAAGUGAUGCAUGCAUACAUAGUAGACAACAUGUAGAAAUACAAGGGGAUAUAUAAACUAGGUAAAAACUCAACGUAUUCGUCAAUAAUGCCGCCUUAAAAGAGAAAAUCGGCGACAUCAUAGGCCUUCGUGGCAUGCAAUAAAGCGAACUACACACAAAUUUGGCGUUGAUGCGGCCAAGUGGAUGGUGUCGUUUUUUGUCAAAAGCUAACUGCCGCGUCUCUUAACGCGAAAGCGAGACAAGUCUUCAGGUUUUUUUCAGUUUAUUUAUUUUGGUAUAGCCCUGUGAGCCAUUCGACUCUUGAAUC